UCACUACACACUCUCAACAGUCACUAGCCAAAAUCUGAAAAUUUAAGAUUCCAUAAGAAGAAGAUGGGUAUUCGUUUUCCUGAAAUGGUUGUGCAUGCCAAGCAAGUUAUGAGGAGAAAAACAGUUCCAAGCUCACACAAACUUGUAUCCCGGGUUGCCACCGCAAUGGAUGUCCCGAGAGGACACUUUGCUGUUUAUGUUGGAGAGAUGAAUCAAAAUAAGCGAUUUGUUGUUCCAAUUUCUUACUUAAAGCAUCCUUUGUUUCAAGACUUGUUACGUAAAGCUGAAGAAGAAUUCGGGUUCGAUCAUCCAAUGGGGGGACUUACAAUUCCUUGUAGAGAAGAUGAUUUCAUCGAUCUCACUUAUCACCUAAACAGUCUAUUAUCUUGAGUUGACAA